AUGGCAAUGGGUGCAGUAGACAUCGCGCACCUCAAAAAGGGCGAGGUGGAUCUGGGCACAUCAAUUAUGGCUGUCAAGUUCGAUGGCGGUGUUGUGAUCGGGGCUGACUCGCGCACGACGAUGGGACCAUACAUUGCGAAUCGCGUCACCGACAAGCUGACGCACUUGUCCGACCGUAUUUACUGUUGUCGCUCAGGCUCUGCCGCUGAUACACAAGCUUUGGCUGAUGUUGUGACAUAUCAUCUACAGCUGUACCACGUUAUGCAGGAGCAACAACCUCCUACGGCUGUAGCAGCCAAUCUAUUUCAGGAACUCAUAUACCAGAACAAGGACCGCCUUACCGCUGGCAUUAUUGUUGCCGGCUGGGACAAACAGCAUGGUGGUCGCGUUUUCAAUGUGCCACUUGGCGGUGGCUUGUUUGAACAGCCAUGGGCCAUCGGAGGCUCUGGCUCGGCGUAUAUCUACGGCUUCUGCGAUUCAACAUGGCGCGAGGGCUGGAACGAAGAGCAGACACUCGAGUUUGUCAAGAAUGCGUUGAGCUUGGCGAUGCGUCGCGAUGGCGCUUCGGGUGGCACGAUUCGUUUGGCCGUGAUCAAGGAAGAUGGCGUCGAACGUCACUUCAUUCCAGGUGACAAACUGCCUGUACUCGCGAGUAAGGAUGUAUAG